GCGUGCGUUCGGUCUAACGGAAAACGGUGCUCCUGCGAGUAAGAAAGAGAACGAUACAGAGGAAGAGCACGCGUGUGUGUGUGUGUGCGUGCCAGCCAGACUUGUGACAGGGAUAGCAAUAGCAGUUAGCUGAAGUGAGCAGCCGAACAGAUAAAUCAAAAAAAAAAAACGAAGAUAGAAGGCAAAUGCAAAAAAGGAGCACAAAUCACACUUGCUGCCUUUUACCAUUCAUCGUGUUUGUUUUUUUUUUUUAGUGCAAAUUGAUGCAAAAUUAAUAAGGACAAGUAAUACAUACUCACGCACACGUGGAGAGGACUUUUUGGGACCGCGAUGAUGGAGCAAAGUGUACGAAAUCAGACAACGAUGCCGACGACGACGACGAAUCGUAGUAGAACCGCUAGUGGCAUAGAAGCACCCAGCAUAGCUGCUGCAUCCGCAGGUGGUAGUACAGCCACCUCUGCAUCCACAGUACCCGCAGCAUCCGCAUCCACCUCCUCCUCAUCGUCGUCAUCGGUUUCAUCGGCCACAUGCUCGGCGACAAUUGUCCAGGCGAAACAGCGACCUCCGCCUCUAAAAACGGCGACGACAACGGUGACCACCACUUUGGUGAGCAGCAGCGAAGGCGGUCAUCCCAUCCCACCAUCCGCCCAUUCGGGUGGUGGUGCAUCGGGUGGUGGUGUGGGCGCUGGUGGGAAUUAUCGCGGCACAGCCACUCUAACCACACCCUCAACGCCCCGCAUUGAGCUUAGUCGCGCCUCUAGUUCGUCGCAUCAUGAGGAGGACAGCCGGGAAAGUAGUCCGGAAAAUGUUUUCGAGCAGGUCGGCACUGGCACCCUACAGGAAACGAUUGGCCUUGGCUUUCGGGAGGAUGGAGCCCUCGAGCUGCGCAGCUCCACCGAGGAGCUGUACUUCAUGGAUGCCGAGCAGAAGAAGGAGGAGCAGGAACGGAUUCAGCAGCAGCAGCAGCAGGCCAAACGCUCGUCGCCGCACAUCUUCAAGUUUGACGACCACCAGAGUUACCUGCAGCAGCACCAGCGCAAGGAUUCAGCCAGCUCGGAGGUGGCUGCCCUACUCUGCAUCUCAGGUCGCACUAGUCGCAUCUCUAGCGUGGGUAGUCAGGGAUCGGCGGUAAGUCGCCUUUCGGCGAUAUCGGGUGUCUCGCGUUCCCCAUCACCGCAUCGCAUGCUGCUGGAGACUUCGUUCUGUGGCCCCAAGCCGGUGGAGCUGGCGGGUAGUGGAGGUGGCAGUAGCGCCUCCACUGCGGCCAGUUCUGCUCAUAGUCAGGCGGAGGGUAUGCCGGGAGCUGGGACAGUGGCUGCAAAUGCGGCAUUAUUGGAGCAACUGCUUUUGGCCCGAAAACAUGAUCCCACCCAGGCAGUCUUAGCAGAGGGCAUCAAGGUCUUGCCCCCAGCUCCAACGGGCUCCUCAGCAACCACUUCAAGUCGCAGCAGGAGCAGACAGACCAGUACGCUGGCCAAUGGAGAACGGAUAGAGAAGGAAUCAAAGAUAAAGCCAACGAUUGGUGCCCAACGUAGAAGCACCAAGAGUCCGGGUCAAAUGGUUGUGGGAAAGACAGCCAGCGGCACGGAGUACAUAAGGAUUAAUCUCAGGCCGGAUCAUAUGUACAGCGAUAAGGGUAUAGCCUCCAAUGAGAGAGUGGUGGAGGCACCAAAUCAACUGGCACCGGUUUACUCCAAGCCCGCUUCGUUAAGUUUACAGGGUGGUCACAUAGAAGAGCAUCGAUUGACCCCCACCGCAAGUCCCAAGCCAGGUCGACGCCUGACCAGUCGUUCACCUUCACCAGCAACUGGUGCUGGCGGUGGUUCCGUUUCCCGGAAGAGCUCUUUUAGUUCUCUCUUCCGUUUGGGCAAGGACUCUCCAGAUUCGCCCAGGGAAACGGCACGGUCACGUAGUAAAAGCAAAGAGCGACCCGCCACGGCUUCUGGGGGAUUGGGAGGAGAACGUGGUGGUGGUGGUGGUUCCCAGAACGUAACUCCCAGUAAGCAGAAGUCAGUGUUGGCCAUUUUUAAGCCAGGAAAGAGAGGCAGUCAGAGCAGCAAGAGCUCAUCGCCGAUAGAUUCUAGUGUUGAGCCUGCACCACCGCCGCCACCACCGGCACCAGGAUCUGGGUCUACCAAUCGCAGCCGUACCCCAGCAGGAUCUCGACCCGGCAGUCGCUUGCGUUACUACGAUGAACCCGUAGAGGGAGUCAUUCACAUACCACUGCAUACCCCGCCGGAGGAACGUGAAGCUCGAACCCUGCUGCAGGGCAUCCAACAGUUGGCCCAUGCUGCACAGGCUAGCAUGGAUCCUUCUCCGCUGCCCACCCACCGAGCUCCUCCCACUUCCGCCCAACCGGUGGCACCGGGAACCCAGAUCACGGCCACCCAAUUGGCGGCCGCAGCAGCUGCUUUGCGACCGGUGGCCCAAAGGAGGGUAGCCCAAAGACCUGAUCUGGAUGCCAUACAAUCGCUGCCCAGCCAAGAGGAUCCACCGACAGCUCCUGGAGAAGAGCAGGUGCUCCAGCAGCCGGAACAGACCAACUGGAGUCUGGAGGUUCAGCGACACAGUUCGCAGGACUCGCAGGAGACGACGGCCGAGUCGGUGGGCUCGGUUGUAAGUGCCCGGGCAGCUAAUCUUGCCCAGCAACGCGAACAGGCGGCCAUGCAGCGAUUACCAUCGGUUGAGAGCACACAGAGUGCCUGCGAGCCGAGACUGGUGCACACGGUGGCCACUGUGAAUGCUCCCAAUCCAGAUUUAGAGGCAGCUGCCAAGGAGCGAAGGCGUCUGCUCUUCGCCACUCGGUUGGGUUCCGGUAGUCAGGAGCAACUAUUUUCCACCCAGUUUAGUAUUUCGAAAACCGAAAGUCAAUCAAGCCAGCUGUCGGAGCAAGUGGAUCACUCUGGCUCUGAAACAACGGAGGGACUGCAGCGUCAGGGAACCGUGAUCCGGAGAAUGGAGACGGGACCUCCACCGCCACCGCCAAGAGGCGUCUGCAGCUCCGAGGAGGAGCAGGGCGGAGCCAUGACCAGCUCAGUGGUGAUGCGUUCCAAGCACAAGUCACGACCCAGUUCGGAGGACGAAGCUGCCCCAACGGGUGCGGCUCCAACAGAUCUACGUCAUUCGCGUUACUUGGAGAACUUCGAUGUGCGCCGCAAACUGCACGAGAAUCUUACGGACGCGGAGAUGGGACGAGUUGCCGAGAUGCCAGGUGGUCAGAUGACCAUACCCAGGAAACCAAAGCGACAGAGUGUCGCCGAAUCCAAGCGUGAAACCGCAAGCUAUAGUUCUGGCACUGCCACGCCCACCACACCCACUCCCACACCAACGCCAGCCACGCCAGUGGGCCAAGCUAGACAGCCAUCGACUUCAAGAACUCAGACUCCCACAACGGCAGGAGUACCAGUGACCACUCCACCCGCCGCCGCGGCUAAAGCUAACACUUCCUUUACGGCUCCUCCAGGCACUGCCUUCAAUGAGGUCCCAAGCACUUCCUACAGAGAUCCAACCAGCACUUCCUACAAGGAACCACCAACUACUUCCAUUAGGGAACCAUCAAGCACUUAUAUUAAGGAUCAACCAAUCACUUCCCAUCACGAUCCCCUGACCUCUGCCACUCCGGAACACAUGCUAACCUCCCCGCCAACAGAACGUCGCCAUUCGCAGUCGACAGACGAGCAUGAACCCGUCGAGUCCUCGGAGAGUGAAAGGGAUUCAGACAUGGCCGGUAGCUCCUCGGUGACCACAGCUGUUCCAGCUGGCGGAGAAGCAGGACGACGACAUCACAACUUUCCACGUAAUGUGUGCGUGAUCGAGGAACAUGAGAGCACGGGUCUGGUGUCUCAAGAGUCCUUCGAGGACGAACUGCCAUAUAUACCCACCACGCUACCCGAGGAGCGGGCCCAGGGUGUCCCCAUUAUCCCCAUGAGGGAACGAGCUAAUAUGGAGCUUAAAACUUGUCCAGUGGACAGGCCAAGAUCAACUACACCACUGAAUCCCUCACAUCUCGAGGAGUACUGUACGGGUAUCAUGACGCCACAGGAGGUUACACCAGGUGGUCAUCAGGAAAUCGAUGGGGUAGCAGGUAUGUCCACUGGAAAUGGAGGAUUGGCAGGACCGGGAGCUCCAGUGCGAGGAGAAAAGCUAAGAAUUAGUUUACCCCGCAAGGAGUCCAUAGGCAAAGAACGCAUCCAGAACUCGAAGUCACCGCGCCGUGUGUCCAAUACUAGUGGCAAGUCCUGGUUUGAAUUUGCCGAAGAAGGUUUGCGAGCCAAUAACAACCUGGAGCGCAAAGACUCCGCCAAACAGUUGCUCCCGGUGGUCACACCACCACCCCCAGCACCAUCAACCUUGGAAGAACCGAAGCCAAAGGCCUCAACCCAACGAAAACUUUCUGGUCAUUGGAUCGACUUUGAGAAUAUACCCGAAAAAAGGAAGCCAGCCAAGAGGAUUACCACCUUGCCCAAGGAGACGUUGACAAGCAGUGUGGCCGCUAUGGCCACCACCAGUUCCUCCUCCGCCUGUGGCAGUGGUCAUCGAUCUGGAACCGGAACUGGCGGCCACCACCAUCAUCAUCAUCAUCACCAUCAGCAGGCUUUAAAAACGAAUUCUGAUGGUGGGGAUAAGCUGCACUACAAUUAUGUGAAGCCGGAGGACUGCCAGUGCGAGUGUCACGAGGCGGAGCGUGGAGAAUCUUCGACAGCAACGGCUGGUGCUGGAGAUACUAGUACGGAAACAGGUACUGGAACGGGAACGGGCAGUGAAUCGUUGGCCUCUGUGGAAAUACUACAGCAGGGGGAAGACAUGUUGCCACUCCUGGAACCCGAUACCUCAGCGGAGGGCAGGAUUUAUGGCGAUGAAGAACAGGCUCCUCUAAUGCGUCACAGUGGAAAGACAGUCUCCCAUUCCAGAACCCAACAUGAGGAGUUCCCACGUCGCGAUGAUGGGGCCAGUCCCAGGAAUUGGAAGUUUCCCGACAGAAAGUAAACAGCUAGCAAAAAAAGUCUUCGUCUCUCUUUUUUUGGUUCGGACUGGAUCGGUUCUUUAUAUAUCUUCAGGGUAGCUAAACCGAUAAUCUAUCUCUAUGUAAGUCGAGUCACUAAACUAAGGGCCAGCUUGUCCUCCUGGCCUAUAUCCUUAAUGUACCUCAAGCAGAGUGGUUGUUAUACGUGCAGAAGCCGAGGGACACUGAUCGCUAGACAAUGAUGCGUAUUACCUUUCGACUCGAUUAGCUAAUUAAUAAACUCUAAAGAAACCAAAAGGAAAAACUUUAAACAUACGAUAAUAUGCAUACGAUAUUCCAUAGUACUAUAUACUAUAUAGCUCAUGAAUGUACAUGGUUAGGGUAAUUUUUUUGAUAGCAGCAAUUACAACAUUCACUCUACAUAGCAAUCCUGAAACGAUCCUGACGGUCGCUUUCCAUACAAACACUUUUCCCUGGCAAUUUUUACUAUAUGUGAUCUCAGAUAGAGUGUUAUACGUGUGUAUGGUAAGACGGUCAAGGCGAGUUGGACAUCCGAUUGGAUUAUCUAGCUGUAAGUCGGUGUAUUUGUGUGUAGUUUGUUAACUAGCUCAGACAAAUCCGGAAUCUAGAAUAUAGAAUCUAGAAUCAAGAAUUUGGAAUCCAGAAUUUAGAUCUCCAGAAUCCAGAAUCUAGCAUCCAGAAUCUAGAAUCUAGAAUCUAGAAUCCCUAGGCUUAGUUACUAAUCUCUAUCUGUAUCGGUGUCCGUUUCUAUAUAGUUGCGUGCGCCUGUGUGUGUGUUGAGGAGGAGAUCUAGAUCUAUAUCCCUCUGUAUCACCACCACCCCUACCGAUUUCGGCCCAUAUCUCUAGGAGUCUCACAAUGGGACAUAUUAAACGAUCUAUAUAAACGAGUUGUAAUCGUUUUCAGUUGGUUAUAUACAAAAAAGUAGCCUGAUUCAUAGCCUUUAGUUGAGUUCGAAACGUUAGUUAGUUAGUCAGCACCGAUUUAUCGGGUUUGUUGUAAAUACAUAAGUCUAAACUAGAUUAUUAGAUUUGAAUUGAUUUUCACAUUUUUUUUUUUUGUUUUUUUUUUUGCGGUCCAAAUGAAAAAUUCCGCCACAAAUGUUUGUAAACUUUUAAAUUAGUUUAUUAUAUAUACAUAUAUAUAAACAUGGAAUAUAAUUAUAUAGCCAACAAACUGCCAGCACACACACACACUUGCCAUAAGAGAAGUUCCUCCUUUUUGUUUUUGGGGUAACCGGUUGAGCAAACCGUGACCCCUGUUCGGUUUAUGCGCCCAAACAUCACGAUACGAAACGAACGAUCUAUAAAACUAGCUUCAAAGAGAAACCCUAAAGGGAUUUCCUGUUAAACACUCUCAUAGAACAAAAAGAAAAUCCCUCACUAGCUAGCCUUUUGAAAUUCCUAAAUACUUUAUUGAACUUAGCGGACAACGGACAUUCAUUGAAUUGAAGCAAAAUCAAGCGAAUAAAAUUUAAAUUAAUAUUAAAGCUCAUAGGUAAAUUAUACAAUAAACAUAAAACUACAUUGAAAAUGUUCAAAGCGGUGAGAACAUGAAAGGGAGCUUGAUCUAUCAAAGAACUGUACGACGAGUUUAUCGAAAGAAUUUGAGAGCCCGCAUAUAAUCCCAAAAAGAUAUAACGUAAUGGAAAUCUUUUUUGUAUUUUUUUUUUUUAGUAGCAGAAGUGGUGAAGCACAAAAUGCACUUAAAACAUAUACGAUAUUUAGACGUAAUGACGAAAUCAAGCAAGAUCUUAACAAAUUGUACAAUAAUUUCCACAAUACAUUUAUGUGAGGUUAAAUAUAUAUUCAUAUAUAUGGUAUAUAUACAAAUCUAUAUGUAUAUGCAUUUACACAUAAGUUGCUUUCCAGUUUCCGAAUCUUGUUCUAAAUAUCUUUUCUAAUCGUUUUCGAAUAAACUUUUUUUUGUAUAACUUAGAAAAACCACGAAAAAAAUUGUUGUUAAAAAUGCAUUUACAUUACAAAAUGAAGGCGACUCAAGAGCGUUUAAAUAAGCAAAGGAAUAUGAAAAAUUGUUACCAAAAUUUAUGCAUUCAUACGAAAGAAAAAAAACAAAUCAAGAUGGAUUAAGCAAAAAAGGAAAUAAAUUAAUAAAUAUAUAUGUAUGCACUUUCAUUAUUUAACGAUUUCAUAUAGGCGAAUGAUGAUGAUGAUGAUUAUGAUGAAAUGCAGGCAGAACGUUAAUUGAAAACUAUUCAUUAAAGUGACAAAAACAUAUUUAAACAAA